GUUGUCUAAUUCUAGUAUUCUACACAUUCCACAGCACAUCUCCCCGGAGAGAUCAAAAGACAACCAAACACACAGUGACUUGAUCGUCUUCUUCUCUUCUCUCUCCUCAGACGAAAGGUCAAAACUGUGUUGCUUUUGGGUUAAGUUUUGAGUGAAGGGUAUUUGAAGUUCUCCCCUUUUUUGGGUUGCUGCACUAGGAGCUUUUGGAGGUUGUUAGCCAGUGUGCAAAUCCAUACGCAGUGAAUAUGUAUUUUGAUGGUUAUGGGUAUCAUGGGACUUCAUUCGAGCAGACAUAUCGAUGUUAUCCUGCAUCUUUUAUUGAGAAGCCACAAAUUGAAAGUGGUGAUAAAAUUAUAAUGCCUCCCUCAGCCCUUGAUCGCCUUGCAUCUUUACAUAUUGAUUAUCCAAUGUUGUUUGAGCUUCAAAAUGAUUCUGCUGAGCGGGUCUCUCAUUGUGGGGUGCUGGAGUUCAUUGCAGAAGAAGGCAUGAUCUAUAUGCCUUAUUGGAUGAUGGAGAAUAUGCUUUUGCAAGAAGGUGAUAUUGUGCGAGUGAAAAAUGUGACUCUUCCAAAGGGAACAUAUGUUAAAUUGCAACCCCAUACAAAGGACUUUCUAGAUAUCUCAAAUCCAAAAGCGAUCUUGGAGACAACACUGAGGAAUUUUUCUUGCUUAACCACGGGGGAUAGUAUUAUGGUAGCAUAUAACAACAAGAAGUAUUAUAUAGAUAUUAUAGAAGCAAAGCCUUCUCACGCAAUAAGUAUUAUUGAGACAGACUGUGAGGUGGACUUUGCACCUCCUCUUGACUAUAAGGAACCAGAAAAGCCUGUUGCAUCUGGUCCUCUAAACAAGGCAGCUGCUCAAGUUGAAGAGGAUCCUGCUGAGACGGAGCCGAAAUUCAACCCUUUUACUGGAGCUGGGAGACGCUUGGAUGGGAAACCUUUGAAGUAUGAGCCGGCACCAGCUUCUUCGUCAGGUUCAAAAGACAAGAAACCUAUGGUCACCAAUGGCAAUGCACAGCCUUCUAUGGGAUCUAGUUCACAAGCUACCAGUCGUCAAGCUCAGGGAAAGCUUGUUUUUGGAGGAAAUGCCAACCGUGCUCCAAAGGAAACACAAAAGGAAGCUGUAAAGGAGACUAAAAAAGAGGAGGCUGAAAAGAAAGAAGACCCGAAGUUCCAGCCUUUUACAGGGAAAAAAUACUCAUUGAGGGGUUGAUUGGAUUGUGAAAACCAUGUGUUACUUUUUAACUUAUGUUCCACAGAUUGGGUGAAUAUAACAAAAUUAUGUACUGAUCUCAGAUGUUGUAUUGUUGGAUAAAAACAGUAGAUUUGUCAAAACUGAGGAUAGAGUAACUUCAGUUUGUGUAGCAUUUUGAUUUUUGAUUUUCUCUAUGGGAUCCA